GCCUAUUACUACUACUCCUCGUACCACCAAGCCGAAACCCAAUUCUGUCACUUUUGCCCUUCUACAUUUCUUGAUAUUUUACCCAUUUAUCAUGAAUUCUGCCUUGUGCAAGUUGCGUCCGAGGUUACUGACGCCAUUUUAUAUGAGGAGAUGGCAGUCGACGUCGUCUGGCCACGCCAAGACGGAGUAUUCCUCCAGCAAAGAGACUCACUUCGGGUACGAACACGUCUCCGAGAAGCAGAAGGCUCACAAAGUUCAUGGAGUGUUUGAAAAUGUGGCUAGUAAUUAUGAUUUAAUGAAUGACUUGAUGUCAGGUGGAAUACAUCGACUAUGGAAGGACUGUUUUAUAUCUCGACUUCAACCAAGACCAAAUACAAGGCUUCUUGAUGUUGCUGGAGGAACCGGCGACAUCACAUUUAGAUACAUUCAGCACUUGUUACAUAAGAGGAACAGGGACACUCGUGUAAAAACGCCAUCAAUAAACAUGUCUGCUCCCUCUGAUAAAGAAGAAAAUACAGCGGAAGAGCCACCUUUAUAUGAGAUAGCAGUAUGUGACAUAAGUCAGGGAAUGCUUGACGUUGGAAAGAAAAGAGCUGAAUCACUUGGGUAUUCAGGAAUCACUUGGGUCUGUGGUGAUGCGCAGCAGUUACCAUUUGAAGAUGAUCACUUUGAUUGCUAUACAAUUGCAUUUGGAAUCAGGAAUGUCGUUGAUGUACAGAAGGCACUAAGUGAAGCCUACAGAGUGUUGAAGCCUGGUGGUAGAUUUAUGUGCUUAGAGUUUAGUCAGGUCAACAACUCCGGUCUCAAAUGGCUCUAUGACAAAUAUUCUUUCAAUAUAAUACCUGCUAUGGGCCAAGUUGUUGCAGGAGACUGGAAGAGCUAUCAGUACCUGGUUGAAAGCAUACGCAAGUUCCCUGAUCAAGAAACCUUCCAAGAGAUGAUUGAAGAUGUUGGUUUUAGAAGAGUUAUGUAUGAAAACUUGACUUUUGGGGUGGUUGCCAUUCACAGUGGAUUUAAGAUUUGACUUGUUUUAUGUGACAUAGACACUUUUGAAUAGAAAAAUAUGGUUGGAAAGCAUCACAACCUGGCUCUACUGAGUAUACGGCUACUCUAAGUCACAAAUUUGUAAUCGACGUCAUCAUCCGUAUAUUGUUCAACAUGUAUAACAGGUAACAAGAGCUCUGCCAUAUCUGACGAAACAGGA